AUGGAAUUUAAGAUGUAUUAUCAUUCAUUGUGGGAUUGGGCCUGUGAUCUCUUGAAGGAUUCAGGUGUGGGCCCAUAUUUUGUAUUUGAUACUCAGUGCCUAUCCAAGUUCAAUGGCACUUCAUUUGUUUGUUUCAUCAAUGAGCCAUGGACAGCUAAUGAAUUUUGGGAUAGUAAUCUACCUUCAGAUGGCAAAGUUCUAGCAUUUGUUUUAUAUGCUGAUAAAGCCAAGUUGUCAUUAUUUGGUCAACAAAAAGGGUAUCCAGUUGUUGUGUGGAUUGCGAAUCUACCUACUUGGAUCCAUAAUGGUGAAGGUUUAGGUGGUGGCUGUGUAGUCAGGUGGUUACCAAUUGUGAAGGAAGACAAGAAGUGCUCUGGAAAGAAAUCAUUUGCCAACUUCAAGAAUCAUGUUUGGCAUGACUCAUUCAAGAAGAUACUAGAUACAAUAUCAGAGUACUCAAAAACUGGCUAUUGGCUGAUUAUGAAGAGCAUCAUGGCACUCAUACAUGGUGUGAUGUCAAAUCACCCUUGCCCUGUUUGCCUUAUUCAUCACAAUGAGAUAUCAAAAUUCCCCAAGGACUGUGAACAUCGUACCAAUGGCAAGGAACAAAUUCUGGUGAAACAGGGAUUAUGUGAUGUAGAUAGUGCCUUCUGGGAGGUCAGGAACAUGGAUGUUUAUCAAGUGUUGUGUUGGGAUAGACUCCAUGCCAACUGUGUGGGAAAAUUUGGUGACCAUUUGUGGGGAGAACUUUUGAGGAUUCUUGAGACAAUGGGUCGUCAGAUGAUGGGAAAAGUUGAACAGAAUCUCAAUGCAAUGCCUCAUUGGCACAGUCUCAAUCAUUUCAAGGAAGUGCUUUCAGUUUCAUACACAGAUGGUCAAAAGUUUGCAGACCUAUCCAAGAUAAUCAUAUUUGCCUGUCAUGACAUCUUCCCCCAUGAGAUGGAAAAAGACAGUUACCUCCUGUUAUGCUGUCUGUGUGCUUACAUCAAGUUUGAUAUGUAUACUGUGCUUGAAUUACAUAUGACACACACACUUGCUGCUGGGCAGGAGGUGCUUGCUACUUUCAAUUCAUUGAUUCAGAAAUAUGUGGAGAAGAUGCAACAUACAGGGAAAAACUGGAACUUUCCAAAGAACCAUACCUGUAUGCAUGUGUUUGACAACAUCAAAGCCAAGGGUGUCACCCACAAUUUCAACACAAAGCCAAAUGAGAAAAUGCAUGGCCCCUUGAAGGAAGCUUAUCAAAAACAAACAAACUUCAAGGACAUUGCUCAGCAAAUUCUCAAUGUUGAUCAUCUUGGACUGGUUCUUGAACAUAUUCAUGGCAGGAUUACAGAAUACAAUGCUUACAGGUUGACUGGAAAACUGACAAAUCUGGAUAACCUCGAAGCUGUUACUGAUGAACCUGAGGAGGAGUUUUUCUAUGUCAAGUUUGGUAGUGAAGUGAAAGAACCAUUAACAUUCAAGGACAUUGAGAAGAAGAGUGUUACCAACAAUGCGUUCAAUCAAUUCCAUGGAAAGCUCAGUGAGUUCCUCAAUAAACACUUCAACAUUAUAAGGAAGCCCAUUCAAUUCCAAAGGAAUGACAAGAUCAUGGAAUAUCACUUCAUCAAAGUGAACUUUGAGUCCACUGUUGAUUGGUGUCAGUACAUGGAUUAUCUACAUUGCCAUCCUAACUUCCAUGGAUGUCCUCGUUAUGACUGUGUGCUUGUCAAGACUCAGGAGACAGACAUAUUUGGGCACCUUGUACUUUUGUUCAAUUGUGUUGUCAGUGAAGAAACCUUCCCUUUGGCCUUGCUACAGCCAUAUGACACCCAGCUGAUUGGGCAACAGCUCCAGAAGGACAACCACCUCAACUUCUGGAGGGACAAGAACACUCUCCUCACUGGUGUCAGCAAAGGUUCCAUUGGCAUUGAGAUCUUAAAGGGCCUCAUUUCUGGCAGUGCCCAUGUUGUUAUCGCUUCCUGCUACAGUUGCUGCACUGUGGAGUAUUACCAAGACAUUUACCAAAGGUUCAGUGCCCAGGGUUCAGCACUCACUGUUGUGCCCUUCAAUCAGGGGUCCAAGCAGGAUGUUGAGGCACUCAUCAACUAUAUCUAUGCUACUCUUGGCAUGGAUCUUGACUACAUCUUUCCAUUUGCUGCCAUUCCAGAGAAUGGGUGCGAGAUUGACAGCUUGGACAACAAAUUGGAGCUUGCUCACCAUAUUAUUAUGCUCAUCAACUUGCUGUGGAUCUUGGGUGCCAUCAAGACCAAAAAAGCAUCCAGCCAGCUCGUUACUCAGCCUACCCAGGUUAUUUUGCCAUUGUCACCAAACCACAGUCUCUUUGGCAAUGACAACCUGUACUCAGAGUCCAAGAUCUCGCUUGAAACCUUGUUCAACUGCUGGAACUCCAAAAGCUGGGGUGAAUAUCUAUGCCUGGCUGGUGCUGUGAUUGGUACAGGUUUGAUGGACACCACCAAUAUAGUUGCUCAGGAAGUCAAAGCUUACGAAUGUGCACUCCAGAAUGUCAAUGUCAUACCUCAUGCUAACUUCAAGUUCAAUCUCCCUACUCUCGAACCUGCUUCUGCCUUCAAGGAACUCAGAAAAUCAUGUGGUAUCAUUGACUCAGAAAAAGUCAUUGUCAUAACUGGGUUCACCAAAGUCAGCCCAUGGCAUAGUUCAUGGACUCAGCAGGAGAUGGAAGCUCAUGGAGAAUUCACUAUUGAAGGUUGCAUCAACAUGGCACAGAUCAUGGGCUCUAUUAAGCACUUUGACAGCCACCUCAAAGACAGUACUCUACAUGCAUUGAAGGCCAUCCAACUGCAACUUGAUGUAGAGAAAUCCCAAAAUCAAGAGCUACUGGAGAAGGAUACCAUCCUCAAGGCAAACAAAACAUGCUGGUCUAUGAAUGACAUUCCUGCUGACAUUAUCACAUAUGAUAGUGAGAUCAAGAUGCUUGGGAAGGAGUACACUGUCAUGAUGGAGAUGUUCUUGCCACAAACACCACUAACUAAUGCAAUGUCUGAGUUGUCUAUGUCCCCUGCUCCCAUAUUUGCAACAGCUGAGCAUUAUGCCAGUGCUGCAGUGGAGGAACACAGUCUCGUCGCAGAGCUUGACUCAAUUCUCCUGGAACAUCUAUGUAGAUUGAGACAUACACACUUCUUUCUUGAUGUUUUCAUGCAGGCAACGCAAAACAGUCAUUCUGACAUUCUCUACAAACUACAUGACAACACCCAUGAAAUCUUUGGGCUACCGAAGAACCACUUCCUGCCAGUUGCAUCUCAUCUCAAAGUCCCUGAAAUCAUCAAGAUGCUUGGUGUUAACAAUGUGGGCACUCCUAACCAACACUUCACCAUCUGGUUCCCUUUUCUGUUCAAGGACAUGAAAGUUGAUGUGUGCAAACCAUUCAUGAACUGGAAGCCACUUGCUCUGAUUUUGAAGGGAGCACUGUGGGGCAAGAUGUCCCUCACAGAAGGCUUUGUUCAUUGUGGUGGGCCAAGGACAAACAGGCAGAAAUGGAAGGUCACUGCAGUGACACCAGGGUCUAUUGCAUGGGCAGCCACAGUGUGCAUGUUUCUACUUUCACCCAACAAAGAGUUCCCAGGGAAUGGCUGCAGACAAAUCUCAAAAAUCAACUACUAUCAAGUGUUCCAUGCAUACAAACAAGUGCUUAUCACCAAGUGGACAGGUUGUCACAUCCAGAAUGUUGUUGCAGAGAUGAAUCACUUCAUGUUUGGGAAUCCCAAUGGGGCUACCAAGUCCAAGACCAAUGCAAUGGAGGACCUGUCUGCAGAGAUCAAUGCUGCCAUGGCAGCAAUGGAUGUCACUGCAUUGUCAGAUGAUAAUACAGAUGAGGUAGCUGCCACUGAUUCCAAUGUUCAUGAAAGUAGCUCUGGUCUGUCCACUCUGGAUUCAGUCUCAAUUGCCAAUGUGAACAUUCACAUCAAUGCAACAUCCACACCUGCUCUUGGCAUGGGCAACACCACUGACUCAGCCACCACCAAUAGCAAUAAUGUGGAAUCCAGUACUGGUACUACAGCACAGAAUAAGUCUAGUGGACAUCACAGUAGAGGUAGACAGGCAAAGUAG